AUGGAUGUCAAGAGUGCAUUUCUGAAUGGUUACUUAAAUGAAGAAGUAUAUGUAGAGCAACCUACAGGGUUCAUAGAUCCUCAUCAUCCAGACUAUGUAUACAGAUUAAGGAAAGCACUGUAUGGAUUGAAGCAAGCUCCCAGAGCUUGGUAUGAGAGGCUUACUGAAUUUCUUGUUAGUCUACAAGUGAAGCAAAUGGAGGAUUCCAUGUUUAUCUCACAGAGCAAAUAUGCCAAGGGCUUGGUCAAGAAGUUUGGUUUAGAGAAGUCAGGUCACAAGAGAACUCCAGCUGCAACUCAUGUUAAAUUAACCAAGGAUGAGCUAGGAGAAGAUGUUGAUCAAAGUCUCUAUAGAAGCAUGAUAGGAAGCUUGUUAUAUCUUACUGCUAGUAGAUCUGACAUCACUUUUGCUGUUGGUGUGUGUGCCAGAUACCAAGCUGCUCCUAAAGCAAGUCAUCUACUGCAAGUAAAGAGAAUCAUCAAGUACAUCAGUGCUACAAGUGAUUAUGAUUGGGCAGGUAGUGCAGAUGACAGAAAGAGCAUAUCAGGAGGUUGUUUCUUUUUAGGAAAUAAUCUAAUCUCGUGGUUUAGUAAGAAGCAGAACUGUGUAUCUUUAUCAACCGUAGAAGCAGAGUAUAUUGCUGCCGGAACAUCAGGGAAGCACGACUCUGUCAAGGCCAAGGUUGAAAGAACUCCACUUGGUGUGAAAUGCAUGGGCCUCAAGAGUGGUUCAUCAGGUUCUAAGAAGAAGUUUGAGAAGAAGAUAACCAAGAUUCCAUCAAGAAAGGUGUAUCAGUCUCAAGCUCGUGACAAGACUACCUCAAAUGCUCCUAUUAUUGAAGAUGUCACAUAUGAAGAAGAACUUUCUGCUGAAAACUCUCCCAUUGGUUCUAAUCAAGAUGUUGUGCCCGAUGUUAGGGCUUCUGUACCUGCAUAUGUUUCAACUCAAGAAAUUUAUGGGAAGGAAUCCACUGCUCGUGAAGAUUCAGGUGUACCCACUCAUUCUAAUGGCUCUUCUUCUCCUUCGAAAGAGGAUGAACCAGUGCAUGUGACCAUUGAUGAUUCUCAGUCCAAGGAAUCAAGCCAGGCUCCUGCCUCUGUACAGAACAUCUCUGAUGAUGUCCCGUUAACUGCCUCUCUGCCUGAUAGUGUUGCUGCAAGGAUCAAGAGAAAAAGAAGGGUUCCUGAUGUUGAAGAAUCUCCUGCUCCAAAGAAGAAGACCAAGUCCACUCCAGCAACUUCCAAGUCUAAGCAAAAAGAUGUGAAGGGAAAAGGUCAUGUUCAGAAGUGGAAGUAUGUGUGCCAACGCAGAGUUGCCAAGGAAAGGGAAGUUGGCUCUGAUGUACUUGAGUGCAAGGAAGUUGUUGCACUUAUUGAAAAGGCUGGACUGAUGAAGACCAUUCUCAAGGUGGGAAGGUGUUAUGAAAAACUAGUGAGAAAAUUUCUGGUGAAUUUGUCUGUGGAAGUGGGACUUCCUGACAGUAUUGAGUUUAGAAAGGUGUUUGUCAGGGCAAAAUGUGUUGAAUUCUCCCCUGCUGUGAUCAACAAAGCACUUGGCAGAAGUGCUGUUGAGUUUGUUGAUGAGGAGUUGUCCUUGGAUGUGUUCGCCAAGGAGAUUACUGCUGGCCAAGUCAAGAAGUGGUCCAUCAAGAAGUUGCUGUCUACAGGAAAACUGAGUGUGAAAUUGAUCUACAAGAUUGGCACUUCUACUGCUUUUGAUUUUGAGUCUUUUGUGUUUGAACAGACCUUGAAGCAUGCUGACACUUGUGCUGUGAAGCUGCCCAUAUCAUUUCCAUCUCUUCUUACAGAGAUUAUUCUUCAACAGCAUCCUCAGAUCAUCAGGGCUGAUGAGGUUCCUUUGCCAAAGGGUGUUCCUAUUACCCUGGAUCAACGAUUGUUUAUGGAGCCACAUGUCAUAGACAUUGCUGUGCCAUUUAGCAGGACUUCUGCCCCUGCUCCUGUGAGUGAAUCUAGCACUAAGGUUAUUAUUGCUGAAUUAAUGGAUAUUUCUAAGGUCCCACAUGAGACUAUUAGGAUCAGCACUGCAAGGAAGCUAAAGGUUGAUGCUUUGCUUCUCAAGCUUCAAGAGGAAGAAGGUCCAGAGGGUGAGCCAAGUGGUGGUGCUGCUGCACCUCAGGAUGCCAACACUGAAGAAGAGGGAGAAUCUGAAGAUAAUAUAGAAGACACUGAAGGCGACUCCAGUUCUGAUGAUUAG